AUGAAUACUGUAAAUGAGUUUUGUUCUACAUACAAAAUUUACAGCAAGCACAACUCCACAUUUAUCACUUUGGUUCCAAAGAAAGACUACAUCGAGAAAAUCCAGGAUUGCAGUCCUAUUUUUUUCUUAACUAGUGUUUACAAAAUUAUCGCAAAAGUGUUAGCUUCAAGACUCAAGCUUGUAAUGGAUAAACUUAUAUCCCCGGUUCAAUGUGCUUAUAUAGAAGGAAGACAAGUCAUACAUGGUACUUUGAUCGCCAAUGAUCUUGUGGAUUCUAGACUAUGUUCUGGCAAAGCAGGGAUAAUUUGUAAAAUUGAUCUAGAAAAAGCUUUUGACAGGAUAAAUUGGAAAUAUCUGGAUUUCAUCCUUCAUCAAAUGGGUUUUGGUGGAAAACUGUGUAAAUGGCUGAAGUUUUGUUAUUCUACAUCAACUUUUUCAGUGCUAAUCAAUGGUUCUUCUUUUGGCUACUUCACUAGUUCGAGGGGUGUAAGACAAGGUUGUCCAGUUUAUCCUCUCCUCUUCAAUAUUGCCAUGGAAGGUUUCUCAAGAUACAUGGACAGAGCCUCACAACUGAGCCUCUUCAGUGGCCUCUCAGUGACUUCUUCAAGUAUUAUCGCUUCGGAAUUUGGCUGCGCUACUGAUAACCUUCCUUUCUUAUAUCUUGGAAUGUCUCUUGGAGCUAAGGAAACUUCCAAACAUAUAUGGGACCCCAUAAUUGAAAAAUUUGAGGAGAGACUAUCAACUUGGAGGCAGAUUUCACUUUCUAAAGGAGAGCAGAAAAUGAGAAAUUUUUUAUGGGAUCAUGGUGCUCAUUCAAAAGUUUCACAUCUAAUAAAUUGGAACUUAGUAUGUGCUGUUAAAGAAAAAAGGGGUCUGGGUGUCUGUAAUUUGAGAUUGAUGAAUUUGGCAAUGCUUGCUAAAUGGUGUUGGAGGUUUGGUAAAGAGAAAAACAGGUUAUGGUAUAAGAUUAUCCGUGACAAGUAUGGUGAUACGUUCUCCUGCUGGGUACCUCAAAAGGUUAAUUCUUCUCAUGGAGUUUCUUGUUGGAAAACAAUCGCAAAGACUGCUAAUCUGGUAAGCCUUAACUCAGUGCUUAAUAUUCAUUCAGGAAAGGAUAUUUCAUUCUGGAAUGAUGUUUGGUGUGGCAACAUAUCGUUGGAUGCUAUUUUCUCGUCUCUUUUUAAGAUUUCUGACAACAAGAACAUUAAGCUCGCAGAGGUGAUCUCCUCGGAAAGGAACUGGUGUUUUAAUUUUAAACGCAAUUUAACAGAAUCAGAGGUAAAUCUCUUUGCAGACCUGAUGCUUAGGAUUGGUGAUGAACCGCCAGUCUUAGAUGCCUUACAAGAUAAUAGGAGAUGGACCCUUGAUAACUCAGGUUUAUUUAGCGUCAAAACCCUUUAUGCUAAAUUGAUGGAAGACUCUGGUAUCGCAGAUUUUCCUUAUCAGUUUAUCUGA